GCCAACAUGUCGCGCAGCUGUGACGUUUGUAUAUGAAACGUCAACACAUCGCGACUUUCGUACGCUUCGCCGUGACAGUGCCGGGCGGACCACCUGACAAAAUCAACGUGGGAAGAGCAGCGGGCACUUACAAUGGCCGCAGACUCUAUGGAGAUUGAUGAUGCGCUGUACAGCCGGCAAAGGUAUGUCCUGGGUGACACAGCCAUGCAAAAAAUGGCUCAGUCCCACGUUUUCCUUAGUGGGAUGGGCGGUCUUGGUGUGGAAAUAGCUAAGAACAUUGUUUUAGCUGGAAUAAAGGCAUUGACAAUCCAUGACGCUAGAAAUUGUGAAAUGUGGGAUCUUGGGACAAAUUUCUUUAUCAAAGAAGGAGAUGUUAAAAAUCAAAGAAAUAGAGCCAAAACAUGCCUUCCACACAUUGCGGAGCUCAACCCGUAUGUCGAUGUGAUGACUUCUGAUGUGCCUCUGGACGAAUCAGCUGAUCUUUCAUUCCUGAAUCAGUACCAGUGUGUCAUAUUGACGGAAGCAAGGCUUUCCUUGAGAAAGAGAGUCAAUAACUUCUGCCAUGAUCAACAGCCGCCUAUCAAGUUCAUCUGUUCAGAUGCUUUUGGCAUAUGCUCCUACUUGUUUUGUGACUUUGGUGAGGAGUUUGAAGUGCUGGACGCCACAGGGGAAGAGCCCAAAGAGAUCUUUAUUUCCAACAUUACACAGUCCAAUCCCGGUGUAGUCACCUGCUUUGAGAAUCUUCCUCACAAACUUGAGUCUGGACAGUUUGUUACUUUUCGGGAGGUCAAUGGAAUGAAUGUUUUAAAUGGGUCCACACAUCAGAUUUCAGUUACAUCACCUUACUCGUUCAGCAUUGGAGAUACAUCAAACCUGGAGUCAUACCAACAUGGGGGAAUAGCUCUACAGAUUAAAAUGCCGAAGUCAUUCAGUUUUGAAAGACUGGAAAAGCAGCUGAUUGAUCCAAAGUUUCUAAUGGCAGAUUACAGCAAGCCAACGGCACCUCUGAGCAUCCACACGGCACUAUUAGCAUUGGAUCAUUUCCAGGAGAAGCACAAUCAUCUGCCAAACAUAGGGUGCCUUCAGGAUGCUGAAGAAAUGCAAAAAUUAGCAGCAUCUGUAGCUGCAAAUUUGCAGUGUAAACCGCUGCUGGACAAAGACUUGGUGAAGUGGUUGUCCUGGACAGCAAAAGGUUUUUUAGCUCCCCUUGCGGCAGCAAUGGGUGGGAUUGCCAGCCAGGAAGUCUUGAAAGCUGUGACAGAAAAGUUUUCUCCUUUACAGCAAUGGCUCUUUAUUGAUGCCAUGGACCUUGUCAACCCAUUAGAACAGAUAAGUCGAGACGAAUUUCUUCCUAGGGGGGAUAGAUAUGAUGCACUCAGAGCUUGCAUUGGAGACUCCUUUUGCCAAAAAAUUCACAACUUAAAUGUCUUCCUGGUUGGGUGUGGUGCUAUUGGCUGUGAGAUGCUGAAGAAUUUUGCACUUCUUGGAGUUGGCUGUGGCAUAGAUAGAGGCAUGAUUACGGUCACAGACCCUGACUUAAUUGAAAAAUCAAACCUGAACCGGCAGUUUCUUUUCCGACCUCACCACAUUCAGAAACCUAAAAGUUGUACUGCUGCUGUUGCAACGCUAAACAUCAACCCUCAGUUGAAAAUUGACCCGCGUUUGGAUAAGGUGUGUCCUGCCACAGAGAAUAUCUAUAGGGAUGAGUUUUACAGUAGACAGGACGUCAUUGUGACUGCACUGGACAAUGUGGAGGCCAGAAGAUACGUAGACAGUCGUUCCGUGUCUAACCUGCGCCCUCUUCUUGACUCUGGGACCAUGGGGACGAAAGGACACACAGAAGUGAUUGUACCUCGGUUAACGGAAUCAUACAACAGUUAUCGUGAUCCUCCAGAUGAAGAAAUCCCAUUUUGCACUUUAAAGUCAUUUCCAGCAACUAUUGAGCACACAAUUCAGUGGGCAAGAGAUAAGUUUGAAAGUUCAUUUUCCCAUAAACCCUCUUUGUACAACAAAUUUUGGCAGACACAUUCAUCUGUACAAGAUGUUCUACAGAGGAUAAAGUCUGGGGAGAGCUUAGACGGCUGCUUCCACGUAGUAAAACUGCUUAGCAGGAAACCUAGGAGUUGGUCUCAUUGUGUGGAACUUGCAAGAUUAAAGUUUGAAAAGUAUUUUAAUCACAAGGCUCAGCAACUAUUACAUUCAUUCCCCCUGGAUACACAGUUAAAAGAUGGAAGUUUAUUUUGGCAGUCCCCAAAGCGACCACCUACUUCAUUAAAUUUUGAUACAAACGACCCAUUGAAUUUCAGCUUUAUACUUAGUGCUGCUAAAUUAUAUGCAGAAGUGUACAGCAUCCAGUUCACUGAAAAGGAUUUGUCACAGGAUGUAAUCAAGAAAAUUAUAUCAGGAAUGAGGAUUGAAGAAUUUACACCUUCAAACAAGAUUGUUGAAACGGAUGAAAAUGUAAAGAAACCUGACCAAAUUCCAGUGAGCAGCGAGGAUGAGCGGCUAGCAGUUGGACAGUUAGAGAAAGCCAUUGCAGAAGACCAAGCCACACAAGAUGACCUUCAGAUGAAGUUGCUAUCAUUUGAAAAGGAUGAUGACCGCAAUGAGCACAUAAACUUCAUUACAGCAGCCUCCAACUUGAGAGCCAGAAUGUACAACAUUGAGCCAGCGGACAGACUGAAGACCAAGCGUAUAGCAGGAAAAAUUAUCCCAGCUAUAGCUACAGCCACAGCAGCUGUGUCUGGCCUGGUUGCCCUGGAGUUAAUUAAAGUUGUUGGAGGACAUUCAUUAGAGGCUUACAAAAAUUGUUUCUUCAACCUAGCAAUUCCAAUCAUUGUUUUCACAGAAACAGCUGAAGUAAAAAUAACUGAUAUCAGGAAUGGUAUUUCAUUUACCAUCUGGGACAGAUGGACUAUCUAUGGCAAAGAAGACUUUACUCUAUUGGACUUUAUUAAUGCUGUCAGAGAACAGUAUGGGAUAGAACCAACGAUGGUUGUGCAAGGCGUCAAAAUGCUAUACGUUCCAGUUAUGCCGGGCCAUGCAAAGAGAUUGAAACUCACAAUGCACAAGCUUGUGAAGCCAGGAGCCGAUAAAAAAUAUGUCGACCUGACUGUGUCCUUUGCACCAGAAAGCGAUGAGGAUGAAGAUUUGCCUGGACCUCCUGUGAGAUAUUACUUCAGCCAGGAAAACAAUUAGCAGCUGGUGUCAUCCUGGGUGCAUGUGUUGGUACUACUUGUCACAACAGGGUGCAGCCUUAACUAAGUGGAAGUAGUGAUUUGCACUAAUAUUUUACGUAACAGAAACUGAGUAUAAAGUGUUUCCCCAUGCUUUCUUGUAUGCUUUUCUUUGUUGCCAGUGGUCUGGAAUACAGAAUUUUUAAAUGCAAUAUUCUGUGCUAUAACCCAAAAAAUAAAUGCAUUUUGGAAAAAAAAAACAAUAACAAAAAAAAAAAAAGAGUGUAAGCAGGAUGGAUAGGGAUCAAAAUAUCUAUUUUGAUUUCAACCGGCUGUACUGUAUUUCCUAUCCUGCAAUGAUAAAAGUGGAUUCUGCUAGAAUAUUAAGUAAUACGUCUGUGUGCCUUGCAGUAAGUGUGCACAUGAGAUCUUCGAGCUUUGUACGUGUGUAUGUGAUAUGGAAGCAAGCAUUUAUCUGCGUAAUAUGUACUGUAGUUCCACGUAUGUAAUAUUUCUCCCCAUGCUCUUGUUUUUGAUUUGGUUAACGUGGAGGGAAAGUUAUAUCCAACAGAACACAGUGUAUUAUAGAUUGGAUAAUGCAUCUUCUACUGUACAUUAUAAGGGUAUUACAAGUCACUGACCUAUGAAAUGCCUUAGUAUUUUAAGUGAUGAAGUAAGUGGUGUAAAGUAUGUCUGCCAGUGAUGUAUGUUCACGCAAGAAACACACAUCUUUUUACAUUAUGUUUUAUCAACGUCUUUUGACUCAAGCUUGUGUUUGUUCUGUAUAAAUUAUACAUUGAUGACAUACACAUUUUGCCAGUAGUAAAACAAUGCCCCACCAGGGCUCCCUGGCUAGUAUGGGCACGUGUGGAGCUUUAGUUGUAUAUGAUCUUGAACUUGUGAGUAAGGAUACAGACCAGAAACAUUUCAUUAAAAAAUAAUAAUAAUAAAAUGACACACACAACAGACGGGCAUACUUGGUAGGUUGCGGAUGAGCAGCUGCAAAGCAUGACAUCUUACACAACCUACCGAGAAUUCUUCUACAGAAGUAUCCAAAGGGAAUCUCUUAAGCAACUGGAAAUAAACAUUUCUGUUCCUAAUCAAGGAAACAAAUGGCAGUUGACCUGGUAUCUCUUAUUGUCUAUUAUUUAAAUGCCUCCUCUACCUUCUGUUGAACUAGUUGAUCGGGAUUGCUGUUGUAUAACAUGCUGUUUCACCUAUCACUUGAAUUGAAUAAAAUAUUUCAAUACUGGAAUAGUCCAGGGGUUCAGCGUGGAAAGAUGAUAAAUGAGCCAGGCUAUCAAAUGAGAGUUGUGUUCUUUGUAUUAUGUUUUUUUUAUGCUCAGGGGCGUUCAUUGCCAUAUGCAAGCAAGGCCAUUGCAACUAUGACAAGUCUGCAGCUAUAAAGUGUUUUAAAGAUGUAAUAUUUUGGUUGAGAGACUGCCUUUUCAGUACAUAUUAUAACUACAAUAGUCCAUAUUUGAAUAAAAGAGCAGUUAAUAUUU